GUUGUAUAAUCAAUAGUGUUAUGGCCUACAUGUCUUUAAAUUGCCGUCUUUAAUAACCAUCCUGUGGAGGGAGGGAAUGCCAAUAACACGUCGACGAUGGAGACGUUUAGACAGAGAAAACGCAUGAGUUACGCUUAGAGAGAGAGAGAGAGAGAGAGAGAGAGAGAGACAAGGGAAAGAUGUACAGAUAGAUACAGUCAUACAGAAAGAGAUUUCCGUUAUCUAUCUGUAUACUCGAAGAACGACAGUUGAGCGAGGGAAAGUGUGAGAGAAACAAGAGUGAGAGGACUCGUAGAUCUGAAAUCCGUUUGAUUUUCUUGGCUUCACUGUAUUCUCUCUCUCCUCUUGUUCUUCAAAAUCUCACUGAAAAAUCGGUCCGAAAUCAAACAGAAUGGGGUUGAUUUCGGGGAUUCUAAUGGGGACGGUGGUCGGGAUCGCGUUAAUGGCGGGUUGGCAUCACAUGAUGAGAUACAGAAGCAACAAACGCAUCGCAAAGGCUGUCGACAUUAAACUUCUUGGGUCCCUUGGCAGAGAUGAUUUGAAGAAAAUUUGCGGAGACAAUUUUCCCGAGUGGAUUUCUUUUCCUGUUUAUGAACAGGUGAAAUGGCUGAACAAACAAUUGAACAAACUGUGGCCAUUUGUUGCAGAUGCAGCAACGUUGGUAAUAAAAGAAUCUGUUGAACCUCUAUUAGAACAAUAUCGACCUCCUGGAAUUACUAAGCUGAAGUUUAGCAAAUUGUCUCUUGGAAAUGUGGCACCUAAAAUUGAAGGUAUCCGUGUGCAAAGCCUUAAGAAAGGUCAAAUCACAAUGGACAUUGACUUCCGAUGGGGUGGUGAACCAAGCAUCAUUUUAGGUGUUGAAGCUGCAAUGGUUGCUUCAAUACCCAUUCAGUUGAAGGAUCUUCAAGUUUUCACAGUUAUUCGUGUUAUCUUUCAACUAGCUGAAGAGAUUCCCUGCAUAUCUGCUGUUGUUGUUGCUCUACUCGCUGAGCCAAAGCCUAGAAUUGACUAUACGCUGAAGGCUGUUGGUGGAAGCCUAACUGCCAUUCCUGGGCUUUCAGAUAUGAUUGAUGAUACUGUGAAUUCCAUUGUAACGGACAUGCUUCAAUGGCCCCACAGGAUGGUUAUUCCGAUUGGCGGUAUACCUGUGGAUACAAGUGAACUAGAGCUGAAACCGCAGGGAAAGCUUACAUUAACAGUAGUGAAGGCAAAUGAUCUGAAGAACAUGGAAAUGAUUGGAAAAUCUGAUCCUUAUGUUGUUGUACAUAUUCAGAUAUUAUUCAAGGUCAAAACAAAAGUGAUUGAAAAUAACCUAAACCCUGUUUGGAAUCAAACAUUUGAGCUGAUUGCAGAAGACAAGGAAACACAGUCGCUAAUUCUCGAGGUUUUCGACAAGGACAUUGGGCAAGAUAAGCGAUUGGGCAUAGCAAAAGUUCCGCUGAUUGAGCUGGAAUCUGAAACUGAAAAAGAGCUUGAAGUGAGACUCCAGCCAUCACUUGAUAUGCUGAAAAUUAAAGACAAAAAGGAUAGAGGCACCCUUACAAUAAAGGUCCAGUAUCAUGAAUUCAACAAGGAAGAACAAUUGGCCGCGCUUGAACAUGAAAAGCAGAUCCUAGAAGCAAGAAAGAGGCUGAAAGAGGCUGGAGUCAUAGGGAGCACGAUGGAUGCCCUCGAUGGAGCUGUAGGGCUGGUUGGGUCGGGGGUGGGGCUUGUUGGUACCGGAAUCGGAGCCGGAGUUGGGAUCGUGGGGAGCGGCUUCGGAGCCGUCGGAAGCGGACUGAGCAAAGCCGGGAAAUUCAUGGGGAGGACCAUCACGGGAGGGCACGGGCACGCCGGCGGCAGCUCCAAGAGGAGUGGCACCUCCACACCAGUGAACUCCACUCAAGAAAACGGAGGCGCAAAGCCACUCUAGCAAGUGGUGGUGUCAAUCAGGGUAUUAGCUGAGUAAAUAUUUUGUUGUUGUCGGUAUUAGCUGGACAUGUACCAUCAUCCCAAAUCAAAGUUUUAUGUUUCAGUUUUUCCUCCGCCUUGUCUGAUUAUGUAACAUCAUGACAUUUGAAAGGGUAUUUUUUAUUUUUAUUUUUAUUUUUGGGUUUAAACAAAGUGCAUAGAGGAAAACAAGCGUCACUGGCCAUCCUUGUUUCCUAGAAUUUGGUAGCAGUUUUUGCAAUUUUCAGGAACAGAAGAUUGUGUUUUC